AUGUCAGAACAGCACCAUGGAUCACACCUUAACCGCACAGUCUCAGAGCCUUUGCUUCUGAGUGAUCAUGAGCAUGAAAAAUUGAUGGAAACUGGGUCUACAAUAUCGCAACUACCGCCAGAUAUUGAUAUGAACAAAUUGGAGAGAGGCGAUCUGAUUUUUGACCGCCCGGUAGUGGAUGAAGAUAGUCCAUUAUCUUUCAAGCCAUCCGCAUCUAAAUAUAAUGCAAUUCCUUUGAAUGACAAUAUUUUGACUCCUGGUGGCCAACCACCUGCACACCGUUCGAUUUCAGCACCCAUGGAAUUUCCUGAACGUCCUGUUUCCGGACAAAUAAGCGAUGACAAUGGAGAACACAAUUUUACACGCAAUGAAAAUAAUGGAUCUUCCAUGUCUGUCCUCACAGCGUGGUUAUGGAGGCUUUAUUACAGCAACAAGACAGUGUUCUAUGGCGUUAUUGGAUUUAUCAUCGUAGGGACCACCAUUUACACGGCAUUGACAGGACAAGGUUCCAAAUAUUACGUAGUAAUAUUGAGAGCAUCCACUUGCUACGUUCUCGGUACUGACAGAGCGCAAUCUGUCUUUGGCAAGAAUUUCUGUGACUUUGGGGAGCAUCUGAGGAAGCUUUAA